AUGGACCCAUCCAAAGCCGUCCACAACGACGAGAACCCGACGCAGGAAGAGCUCGCCUGGCGUCACGCCGUCGAAGACCUCGACGCGCAGAUGAAGCACUACGAGCGCGCCAAAGAAACAGGGAACAAAGCCGCCGAGCAAGAAGAGAGCCGCAAGCUGGUCGAGGCGAUGAACCGCAUCGCGGAGCGCCACCCCGACCCGCGCGUGCAGGAGGAGUGGCGCGCGAAGGCGCAGGCGUUCUCGGCGGGGAACGAGGCGGAGAAGCAGAGUAUUCUUAGGGAUGUGGGGAAGGGCGUCGCGGUGCUGCUGACGGUGCCGUUUGCGCUGGUGGGCGGGGCGGUGUUCGCGACGGGGGCGGUGAUUUACGGGGCGGGGAAUGUGGUGAAGGGGGUGGGGAAUGUACUGACUGGGGGCGCGUUCCAGAAGAGCAGGGGCAGGGCAAAUAGUCGGACGUAG